AGUUACCUUUUAUUUCCAAGCCAACGGCCACUACAAGGACAAAUAAUAAAUAUAUCCUGCGGGCUCGCGCAGGCCUGGACCCAUUUUUGCAUAUUCAGAAUCUUCCGGAACCUAUAGCAAAAUGGCCCCGGCCAACUAACUGUAGUAAACGAACGAAACGAUCGAAGAAAUCACAGGAACGUUCCAGAUUCCCCUUGCCCUUGCCUCCAGCGUCUGGACGUCUAUAUAUACCCACUCUCCCUGAAAUUCCCGCUGCGGUCCGUCUCUCGCAUCACAAGAAGCUCGGCUCGUAGAGCAAGUAGUAAUAAUAAAGGAAGCAGCAAGCAUGCCGAGCCGAUACCCAUACCCAGGGGCGCUAACGCAGGACUGGGAGCCCGUGGUGCUGAACCGGCCCAAGCCGAAGGCGGCGGAGACGAAGUCGGCGAAGGCGGUGAACGCGGCGAUCCGCGCGGGGGCGGCGGUGGAGACGGUGAAGAAGCACGACGCGGGGACGAACAAGAAGUCGGCGCCGGCUUCGGCGCGGAAGCUGGAUGAGGCGACGGAGCCGGUGGGGUUGGAGCGGGUCGGGGCGGAGGUGCGGAGCGCGAUCCAGAGGGCGCGGGUGGCGAAGGGGAUGAGCCAGGCGGAGCUGGCCAAGCGGAUCAACGAGCGCGCGCAGGUGGUGCAGGACUACGAGAGCGGGAAAGCCGUGCCCAGCCACGCCGUGCUCGCCAAGAUGGAGAAGGUCCUCGAAGUCAAGCUCAGGGGGAAGUUCAAGUAGUGGUGGUGGUGGUAGUAGUACAAAGGAACGUGAGCAAAAGUUUGAAUUUGCUUUGGGUUUUUGGUUAGGGUUUCUGGAAAGAAUGCAUAGAACAGUGUAGACCUGUCAAGUUGUAGAAAAUUUGGU